AUGUAUACAGUCAAGAUUGUCUUUGUUAUUAUUACGCUUUUUGUUCUCUCAGGCGUCGAAGCACAUUUUCAGUUGACUACCCCACCUGCUCGAGGACCUCUUAACGAACAUAUGCUCGGUAAUUCUCCGUGCGGGGAGUACAACGCCGUUAACACUGGUUCCAUCACAACUUUCUCUCUAACCGGACAAGCAACCUCCAAGUUUACUGAUGGCGACGGAAAUCUUGUUUACAGAUAUGCUCCUAACAGUAACGCCACUUUCACCAAAGUUUCUGGAAAUGUUCCGAUUAGUGCGGCUGAUACUUAUCCUAAAGAAAUCACUACGCAAGUGAACUUGACUUUGGCUGGUGCUCAUGAGGGCGAUCAAGGCGUUCUGCAGGCUUACUAUGUCUCCAGCGCCGGGAACGAAUCUUGGUAUCAAUGUGCAGAUAUUAAGGUCGGAAAUACGUCUUCAGCACCUACAAUCGCUAGUGGGACCGUUAUGUUUUAUACGAUUCUUGCUGUAAUUUUGAUGACAAACGGCUAUGACUUCAAAUUUUAA